AUGUCUGGCAGCGAAAGCGCGACUCUGCCUCUGUACGAACAAGAUACCUUGCUGUCGACAAGCGAUUCCAACAUGGUUCCAAACACGAGGAAAGCCGCUGCGGAGUGCAUCUCCGACGAUGCGCUGGCCCAUCUCAAGUCGUACAAGUACUCGAGCGUCGAUAAAUCCCCCAUCUCGAAAUAUGUCCUUGGCCCCUGGUGGAAUGCCUUCGUAAACGUGCUGCCGCUCUGGAUCGCUCCCAACAUGGUCACCCUCCUUGGCUUCUUCUUCAUCCUGGGAAACAUUGGCUUGCUGGUCAUUUACAUGCCUGAUUUGGUGGGACCUGGUCCGACGUGGCUGUAUUUCAGCUUCGCCUUUGGCCUCUUCAUGUACCAGACCAUGGACAACGUCGACGGCAAGCAGGCGAGACGGACGGGCACCUCGAGCGGUCUCGGCGAACUCUUCGACCACGGAAUCGACUCUCUCAACUGCACCCUGGCCAGCCUGCUGGAAACCGCUGCCAUGGGCCUGGGAACCACCCACGUGGGCGUCUUCACCGCGCUGUGCCCCUGCCUCGCCAUGUUCUUCUCCACCUGGGAAACCUACCACACGCACACCUUGUACCUGGGCGUCAUCAACGGCCCGACCGAGGGCUUGCUCAUCGCCUGCGCCAUCAUGAUUGCCUCUGGCAUCUGGGGCCCGCACAUCUGGACGCUCCCCCUUGCCGAUGCCCUGGGCGGCCGCCUCCCCGGCCUGGCCGACCUGCUCGGCAAGACGUCCUUCCGCGACAUCUGGGUCGCCAUCAUCCUCUUCUCCCUGCUCGCCGCCCACGUCCCGUUUUGCCUGUACAACGUCGCCUGCGCCCGCCGGAAGCAGGGCCUGCCCGUCCUGCCCGUCCUUGCCGAAUGGACCCCCAUGGCCGUCUUCACCCUCGGCGUCGGCGCCUGGGUCUUUUCCCCCCACAGCACCCUGAUGCGGGAGAACCACCUGGUGCUCUUCUGCCUCACCAUGUCCUUUGUCUUUGGCCGCCUGACCACCAAGAUAAUCCUCGCCCACCUGACCCGCCAGCCGUUCCCGUACUGGACCGUCAUGCUCGUGCCCCUGGUCGGCGGAGCCUUCCUCGGCAACCUUCCCCGGCUGGGCUUCCCCCCGAUCGGCGCCGCCUUGGAGCUGUACUACCUGUGGGCCUACUUUGUCUUCUCCCUGGUCGUUUACUUUCGCUGGGCGUACAUUGUCGUCACCGCCAUCUGCGACUACCUCGGCAUCAACGCCCUCACCAUCCCCAAGGAGAAGCAGAUGGCCAACAAGCAGGCCCGCAACGCCACGAAACUACACUAG